AGGCUCGAAUUACACUCGGGGUGCUCGGGACAGGAGGAGGGAGGGGGGUGAUGACACGCACUGGAGGGAAGGAGGAGGGCGGUGUGUGUGGAGACGUAAGGAGGAGAAAAAAUCUAGUAAACCUGACAAAGCGUCUGAGUAACAGAGUGAAGACUGUCGGCGGAAGAAGUAGACGCGAGAGACGCUCGUUUCACCGAGAGGACGCACAUUCACGGAUUUUACGAGGUGUUUUUUUUCUCCUUGCAGUGGACAACUAUUCUCUUCUGCCCUUUAGAACUCGUCCCACGUACGUGGUAGCUGCAAACUUUCUGUUGAGUUGACAAGUGCGCUGUUCGGGGAACACUGGGCAGUGUUUUGCGCUUUGGAAGAAACUUGGUGACGAGAGGUGGAAAGUUUCGAGGGGGGACAGCGAUAUGGUUUUACGAAGUGUUUUGGAAGGAUAACGCGUGUAAACCCGGAUUUCUGUGCAUGGCAUUGGACUACGCUGUCACUCGGGUUUGGAAUAUAUCUUCAGAUCCGAGCUGAUGCCGGCUGAUUGUGGAAUAGUAAGCUGAAGAAGAAAAAAAAGCCAGCGCCUCGAUUUUUUUCCCUUUUUUGCCGCUGCAUUGUAUUAUUGGAGACAUUCCUCCCUCUGGAUUCAGCUCAUGCUCUCUCCUCCCUUAUCUGUGCAUGCCAAAACAGAGAUCUCCACGAUUUUAGUCCUCCCUGCCCAGGUGAUUGGGUGAAUUCCGGUGAGUGACAGGCCAACCCUGCAGCAGUUGAUGGUUGGGCGGACCCCCUCAGAUGGGAUCAGUGUCCAGGGGGAGGUGGAGAAGGGGGGUAUGGGGAGCGCUGUCCCCCAAUAGCGGGAUGGCCUCGUGGGCCUGGCUCCUGGCCGCUGUCCUGCUGUCCCUUUUGACUGUCAGCGUGGCCCGGCCGCCCCUUACUGCCACCAAGGGGGAGGCCACUCUGGAACCUGAAGAGGCGUCGAACAAAUACCAAAUUUCUAAGCCCACGGUGUGCUCAGUGCACCCGGGGGAAGUGCUGAAGCUCAGCUGCCCUCUGCCAGGGACGGGGACCAUCACCUGGACCAAAGAUGGCAGCUCUCUGGGCAACAACAACCGCACGCUGAUAGAGCAGGAGGUGCUGCAGAUCCGUGACACCACGCCCAAGGAUUCGGGCCUGUACGCCUGCACCAGCGUGGGCAAAGACACAGUCUGCUUCAUAGUCAAUGUCACAGAUGCCAUCUCGUCGGGGGAUGAUGAGGACGAUACAGAGCGAUCGGAGGACACUGGGGCGGAUGGAGAGCAGUUAAGCGCGCCGUAUUGGACCUCAUCAGCAAAGAUGGAGAAGAAGCUGCAUGCGGUGCCAGCUGCCAACACAGUCAAGUUCCGCUGUGCUGCAGGAGGCAACCCCAAGCCCAAGCUGCGCUGGCUUAAAAACAGCAAGCCUUUCCGCCAAGAGGACCGCAUGGGAGGGUAUAAGGUGCGUAGCCAACACUGGACCCUGAUCAUGGAGAGCGUGGUGCCGUCCGACAAAGGCAACUACACCUGUUUGGUGGAGAAUGAGUUUGGAUCCAUCAACCAUACCUACACCCUGGAUGUAGUGGAGCGGUCUCCUCAUCGGCCUAUUCUUCAGGCCGGCCUCCCGGCCAACACCACUGUCCACGUAGGAGAGGAUGCCCGUUUCGUUUGCAAGGUCUACAGUGAUGCGCAACCUCACAUCCAGUGGCUAAAACAUAUCACUCAAAACGGCAGCCGCUACGGCAUAGAUGGACACCCCUAUGUCAGAGUGUUAAAGCGUUCAGGCAUUAACAGCUCAGACGUGGAAGUGCUCACACUCACCAACGUGACAGAAGAAGAUGCUGGAGAAUAUAUCUGUAAAGCCUCCAAUUAUAUAGGCGAGGUCAGCCAGUCGGGCUGGCUGACUGUCAUCACAGCCCUUGAGAAAACUCCUGAGUCCAUUUCCCCAGACUACGUGGAGAUCGCAAUAUACUGCGCGGGCGUCUUCCUCAUUGCCUGCAUGGUGGGCAUUGUGGUGGUGUGCCGCAUGAGGAACACUGCAAAGAAGCCCGACUUUGGUGGCCAGCCAGCGGUUCACAAACUGACCAAGCAGAUCCCCCUGCGCCGCCAGGUAACAGUCUCAGCAGACUCGAGUUCUUCCAUGAACUCUAGCACGCCUCUGGUGCGCAUCACGACACGGCGGAGCUCUGCACACGAUGAGCCAAUCCCAGAGUACGACCUUCCUGAGGAUCCGCGGUGGGAGUUUUCUAGAGACAGGUUGACCCUGGGCAAACCCCUUGGUGAGGGUUGUUUUGGCCAAGUCGUAAUGGCAGAGGCCCUGGGCAUCGAUAAGGACAAACCCAAGGAGGCUGUAACUGUUGCAGUCAAGAUGCUGAAAGAUGACGCCACCGAGAAAGACCUGUCUGACCUGGUGUCAGAGAUGGAGAUGAUGAAGAUGAUCGGCAAACAUAAGAACAUCAUUAACCUUUUGGGGGCCUGUACACAAGAUGGCCCCCUCUAUGUCAUAGUCGAGUACGCCUCCAAAGGUAACCUCAGGGAGUACCUCCGAGCCCGCCGGCCACCCGGCAUGGAAUACUCCUACGACAUCGCCCGUGUCUCAGACGAACAGCUCACGUUCAAGGAUCUGGUCUCCUGCACUUAUCAGGUGGCGCGGGGCAUGGAGUACCUAGCAUCGCAGAAGUGUAUACACAGAGACCUGGCAGCGAGGAACGUCCUGGUCACAGAGAGCAACAUCAUGAAGAUCGCCGACUUCGGCCUGGCCAGGGAUGUCCACAACAUCGACUACUAUAAAAAGACGACCAAUGGUCGUCUCCCGGUGAAGUGGAUGGCUCCAGAGGCACUCUUCGACCGGGUCUACACACACCAGAGUGAUGUCUGGUCAUUUGGGGUGCUGAUGUGGGAGAUCUUCACCCUAGGGGGCUCACCCUACCCUGGCAUCCCCGUUGAGGAGCUUUUCAAGUUGCUUAAAGAGGGCCAUCGCAUGGACAAGCCCGGAAACUGCACCAACGAGCUGUACAUGAUGAUGAAAGAUUGCUGGCAUGCCAUCUCAUCCCAGCGACCCACCUUCAAGCAGCUAGUAGAGGAUCUGGAUCGCAUCCUAACCCUGAGCACCAAUGAGGAGUAUCUGGACCUGUGCGCCCCAACAGAGCAGUAUUCCCCCAGCUUCCCCGACACUCGGAGCUCCUGCUCCUCCGGCGACGACUCCGUGUUUUCCCACGACCCAUUACCGGACGAGCCCUGCCUCCCCAAGUACCAGCACAUCAACGGGAAUGUCAAAACAUGAGCCCUCAUCCACCCUCGUCCACCUAGUUUGACCUACCCUAAUCCUACCUGUCGGAGUCUUAAAACACGCUCCAAAUUUCCUCCACCCGCCCUCCCCAUCACCUCCUGUGGCUCCCGGUGGACUAAUGGGCCCAGACAGGACUGGGUGGUGGCAGCGCUGCUGUCACACUCUCAUACUGCCAUACGCUCACACUUUAUAUAUAAAUAUAGGACAUGCUCACAUGAGGUCUUAAAGGAGAGGAUAGGGACCUUAAAGAAGCCUUUUUGUACUGACUGAAUGAAGUGAUGUUCCCAAGGGACUCUUCUCCUCUUCCUCUCUUGAUAUAAACAGAGAUUUUUCAUUUUGGUUCUCAUGUUUAUACCCAGAGUGUUUUUUUUCUCCUUUUUUGCAAUCAACAAUGUUUGGUGGUCCAAUUCCAGUGGCUGGCAUCCCAAGACUGUUGUGUACUCCUGGAAGAAUGUAUGGGUUCAUGUGAACUUGUGGAAAAAACAAGGGACCAGAAGAGGACGGCAAAUAGGAAAUGGACUAAGAGACAGAGCUGCGACUAACAAAACAGAAGAAUAGGUGGAGAGCAAAUAUAAAAAAAAAAGCAAAACUUCUGUUUAUUUUGUAAUAUUAAUGCAUUUCUUUUUCAGUUUUAUUGAUAAACCUUCCCAACUAUCCUGGAGGAAAAAAAAUACACAGUAUAAUGUAUAGUGCUGGGUAUAUUUGUAAAUAUAUUCAAAUAUGUAUAAAAAUAUAUUAUAUAUUUACAAUGAAUUAUUUUUUGUAUGGACUUGGAUAUAAACCCCACCCUCACCCCGACCACCCCCUAUAUGAGUUGAAAGCAGGUGUGCUAACAGGUUAUGUGUUCUACGUUUCUCGCUACACACACGAAUACACACUUUAAUACACACAAACACCUGUCUCACACUCACCCAGUAACACAGUCGAGUAUUGGCUUUCAGGGACCGAGGUAGCAUGUUAAUUUAUUGACUUUCUUUUUUUCUUUUUUUUUUUAAUGAAUCAAAAAAUAUAAAAAAUAAUAUGGAAGAAAUUAUGACAUUAAUGAUGCUGAUAAUACAUAAAUAAUCCAUUAAAAAUGUAUGGUAAUUUAAAAUGAUCUUUCAACAGUAACAGGAAAAAAACUAUUUUUAGUGGGUUUGAAAGAUCCAGGUUUUGUAAGUUUUAUAUAUGAAUGUGAAUAUUAAGUUAAAUUUUUUGAAAAACUGUACAUUUUAUAGUCAGCUAAUCCCUUUCUUAUGUAGAUCUUAAUGGCAUUUUUAUCCAGUCGUUCUUAGCAAUGCUUUAGGAAAUAAGAUUACUGGAUAUUUAUAUAUGAUUGAAAUACAUAAGAAUUUGGAAACGCAUACCAGCAAUCUGCUCCCUCAGUUUGACUAGAUAUAGGUUUUAAAUUUCCGUGACAGAAUUGAAAGCUGAAAAACAAAGUGUUAAAUCAUAAAAGUGGUUUAUUUUAUUUUAUUUUUGUUGUCGUUUUUUUUUUUUUUUUUUUUUUUUACUGGACCAACUUUAAGAUGUUGUUUUGCAAGUGUUUAUGCCACAUUUGCGAAAUAAAUGAUGGGAAAAAAGAUAUCAC